CGGACGCCAAACCGGACCAGGGAUUAGUUCGCCUCCCCCUCAUUCUCCCAAGCACCACGCGAUGGGCAACCCCUAUAUUCACUCCGACGGGCGCGCACUAUCAAACCUUCCUUGUACAAUCAAAAUAAGAACCACCGGCUCCGUCGCCUGCAAUGGCGGAAAUCUACGAUACCGACCGGUUCGCGCAACUCUAUUAUCCAUCCAAUACAGCGGACCUCCUGCAGCUGGGUCUUGCGGCUAGAUUCAUAGCCAGUUUAUUCGAGGCCCACCAGAUCACGUAUGCCUUUAUUGGAGGAUGGGCGGUAUAUCUAAGAGGGGGUCGACGACGGACUCAAGAUAUUGAUAUCACUGUCGCUACCACAAUGGACCAUUUGAAACAGAUCCUAACCGCGCAAUCCCGAAUACAUUUCCCUCUUACACACGGUCGAACAUCUGUCCAAGUAUUCAUCGACACGGGGCGGAGCGUGGACGGCGAAUUCCCCCACGUCCCGGACUUGGCGGUCAGCAUGGACCUAGUAAUCAGUGGGCCAUCCUUAGGACACUUGGGGACGCCGGAAGAUCUUCAAAAUUCGCGCGAGCCCAUUAACCCACAUAGGCCCACGCCGUUGGGUUCACCAGUGUUGGUUUUGGGGUUGGUCUUUCAAAUAUAUGCCAAGUUAGACGCGUUUUUCCGGCGAGGCGAGCAGGGGAGUAAGGACUUUUUGGACCUGGAAUUCUUGUUAACACAGUAUGCGGCGCAAAUCCCCACGUUUCGGGAUUAUUAUGAUCUGGAACAAAGGAGAUAUUUCUGGACGCAAUAUGCGGAAGCGUAUGUGGCGUUUCCCGAUCAGGUUGAGAAUAUGAGGUUACUAUUAGGCGUCUGACAGCCUUGUCUGCAUUAUAUCCCCUAUCUUUCAUUUCAUUCUGGAAAAGAAGUUUCGAAA